AAACCCGCCGCACGCCCAACUCGAUCGGCGGUCCGGUCGACUCGUCUCGCGAAGUCCAACGAAUUAAUUCUCGCCAUAUUUUUCGGCCGGUCGUGGUGCGAGCGCGCGCGGCACGGGCGAGCUAGUCGCGCGCGGAACGCUGGCUUGACCAGACGCGUCUCACGGAAGUUCCCGAGUACGACCGACAGAUUGCGAAAGCCUUCAGAAACAACAACCGUCGGCCCUUCCUCAAGGAAGAUCUGUGUGCUGUGAUUUAUCACUAAAGGGGCCAAAACACGCGCAACAACGGACAACCCCACAGGACCGGGGGGUGCUUCUCGUGUCUCGGGAGGAAGGUCAGGGUUCACAAAGUUACCUUGGCAGUAGAGUGAAAGAGUACAAACGCGCGUGAACGCGCGUUACUUAUUACUGCCCGCACAAAUCAAACGCUCCUUGUGUUGCAUUGCUAAUUGUGACACUGACAUUAAAAAAAUUCGAUGCCUUCCAGGGACGAUAUUCGCUCCCUAUCCACUGAGCAACGCUGGAUCCCUCCUUCAACUGUUAGACGCGAUGCACUCACCCCAGAAAGCCGAAAUGAUCUCAUCUUUAGAAAGGUGCGGGGUAUCCUUAACAAGCUCACACCGGAAAAAUUCGCAAAGCUGAGCAACGACCUGCUCAACGUUGAGCUUAAUUCCCAUGUGAUUCUCAAGGGUGUUAUUUUCUUGAUCUUCGAAAAAGCACUUGAUGAACCCAAGUACAGUUCUAUGUACGCACGGCUGUGCAAACAGCUGUCUGACGAAGCCGCAAACUUUGAACCCCGUAAACCGAUCGAUGAAAGUCAAAAAGGCCAGAGCACAUUCAGAGUUCUUUUACUUAACAAGUGCAAAGACGAGUUUGAAAAUCGUUCAAAAGCAAGCGAGGCGUUCGAGAAUCAGGAUGAGCUGGGUCCCGAGGAGGAGGAGCGCCGGCAGGUGGCCAAGCGCAAGAUGCUUGGCAACAUCAAAUUCAUCGGGGAGCUCGGCAAGCUGGGCAUCGUGUCGGAGCCGAUUUUACACCGUUGCAUCCAGCAGUUGCUGGAGAAGAAAAGGCGAGGGGGAUCCCGGGGGGACGCGGCGGAGGAUAUCGAGUGCCUCUGCCAGAUUAUGCGUACCUGCGGCCGUAUCCUUGACUCGGAUAAGGGCCGCGGACUCAUGGAUCAAUACUUCAAACGUAUGAACUCUCUGGCGGAGAGUAGGGAUCUUCCUCUACGCAUCAAGUUUAUGCUGCGUGAUGUGAUUGAGUUACGCCGUGACGAUUGGAAACCGCGCAAGGCCACCAGCACCGAAGGCCCCAUGCCGAUUAAUCAGAUCCGCAACGACAACGAGGAGCCAUCGCGGGGAAAUGGUUUCCACAGAGGACGAGAGGAUCGCCUCGGUGCAGAGUUUUUACGAAAGAUGGGACGAGGCGGAUUAGACGUGGAUAUGAUGGGAAGUAUUCCAUUGACUUCCCCCUCAUUCGGUAUGCCACCACCACCAUUCAGCCCGAAUGGAUUCGCAGGGACUCCCGGGGUUGGUUAUAGCCGCCAUAACCAACGUAAUCAACCGGGCAGUUACUAUCAAAACCAGAGUCGUCAUCAGAACAAUUACGAAGCAAAACGCAACCAGCCGCAACAUAAUUUACCGCAGAACUUCAACAACAAUAGCAAUAAAGAACAACUUCGAUUCAAUAAAAAUAAAAUGCUGAUCGGAGGACAUCCGGAAGAAGUGUCUCUGAGACCCUCAGCCAAUUCGAUGAUGUUCAAGCAAACUAACAUUAACUUGAACCUACCUCUCAACAAUGGGCGAGGCUCAGACUUGCCUCUUUUACGUACUACCGCUCUGAAGCCCAGCUCGCCUCUAUUGCACAAAGAAACACCACCGGCUAUCGUGAUCAAACAAGGUCCCGUGGACAAACGGGAGAAGGCUCGAGACAGAAAGGACAAGGGACCUACACGGGAGGAAGUGUUGAAGAAGGUGAACGUCUUAAUGGACGAUCUUGCGUCACACGCGAACGUGCAGGAUGCUCUGACCGCCUUUAAAGAUCUCAAGAUACCCGAACGGUUCUUACGCCACGCGAUCUGUACGCUGUACGCGAACACGCUCGACCGCGGGGAUUCCGAGCGCGAGCUCGCUGCCAAGCUCGUCGUCGAGCUGAAGAAGGAGAGUCUGCUCACGCUGCAGCAAGUGAACGAAGGGUGGAAGGAGCUGGUGGCCAGUAUAUCGGAGAAAGAGAGUACCGUGCCUUUGGUAGCGUCUCACGUUGCCUUCCUGACAGCCAAGGCCAUAGUGGAUAAUCUAAUCCAAUUAACGGAUCUCGCCUCAGAAACGGAGAACGGCCGUCAUCAUCCGCUGUUUCUGCUGACUCUGCAGCAACUCCACAAGACCCAGGGCAAGGCAAGGCUCACGCAGAUAUUCAACGAUAGCAAAGUGGAUCUUAUCAGUCAGCUGCCAGAAGCGGAGAAGACGAAGGAACGUCUGGGCGAGAUCUUGGAAGAUCGGGAAUUGACUUUCCUCUAUCCCCUUCUCAGAAUCCAAGGAGACAUGUGGCGCCAAUUAGAGGCCGAUCCGGCGCCCAACGCUCUUUACAAGUGGAUCAAGGAGAAGCUGGAUCCCCAAUACCACUCUGAUCCCGCGUUCAUUAAUGCUAUGAUGAAUGUACUUUUCAAGUACAUCACCGGGGAGACAACAUUGGCGCCUGGCGUUGAUCCGACCGUAAAUCCGGACAAACAACUGCAAGAGAAGGAAAGUGCGUUGCUGCAAAAAUAUGCACGCUUCAUUCGCACAUUCCUGACUACCAUCGACUCGCAAGUUACGGCCCUUCAUGCGCUUCAAGUGUUCUGCUUCUCGCACAAUUUUCCAAAAGGGCUACUGCUACGAUGGUUUAUAGUGCUCUAUAACCUUGAAGUCAUCGAAGAAGAAGCCUACCAUAAAUGGAGGGACACCGUUACUGAUGCUUAUCCAGGCAAGGGCAAGGCAUUGUUCCAGGUAAAUUCAUGGUUAACAUGGCUUGCCGAAGCAUCAGAGGAAGAGGAAGAAGACGACGAGGAUGAGAAGAAUUAAUCACAAGAGCCUCGAGAGCAUUAUUCAGACUACCUAUGAUUUGGAAUAGGGUUUUACUAUCUAUAUCGCUGAACCAGGAGGUUUCAGUUUUAUUAAUUGAGUUAUCUCCAUCCAAUUGCAAACAUCUUGUCGGUCUGUCCGGAGCCCUCUCGUGUGGUUGAAAAAAAAAGGACUUUACAAUCAUGUCUGGAAGGAAUGAGAUAGUUUGAGUGGCAUAUACGACAGACGUUUCACGCAAGACGUUUUAGAAUUUUUUUAGAUAAUUAAAUAUCGGUAUAAUUUAUAAAUAUAAUAUUGGGUCACAGCAAAGACGUCAAGAUACUAUGCCGCUGUAGGAUCAUACGGUGCGAGAAAGGGGGAAAAAAUGCAAAAAAAGCACGAAAAAAUUAAUCUGAUUUGUGUUGUCCGAAUUUUUGUCUAGUAUCGUGCAUGUGUGUCACGUUUUUUGUAAGUCUCUUUUUUGUCCGCGGCAACGAGUGGAGUCAUUUGUUAUCUCUGUGUACCAAGCUUUUACAUUUAUUAUGAGGAAUUAUUACUACGAUUAUUAUCGGUUCUUAAUAUUAUUAUUAUUAUUAUUAAUUAUACAUAAUUGAUUAUCAAUAAUCCAAAUAUAUCUACUUCUUUCUUGUGAGAAUUUUUCUAAAAAAAAAGCAAACAAAUAGAUUGGAAUAUCGGAAACAAGGCCGACUUGUAGUGUACGCGAAACCCUAAAAUUGAGUGAGGAACUUUUAUUUUGAAACGGGAGUGAAAUCUAGGUUGCAAUUUAGAUAAUCGAGUCCGAGCGUUACGUACCGAGGGGGGGGGGAAGCAAAAGAACGGGGAGAAGGAAAACACCGUUUGCCUGUGUAUCUAGUUGCUGCGCCACUUGAUUCUAAUAAGUAACUAAUUAAUUACAGUUAUAAUAACAACCAGCAGCCAACAUCACAUCCAUUUAACGUAAUAAUUAGCGAACACUAGUGACACGACUAAAAACUCGUAUUUAAAAAGAAAAAAAAGGAAUAAAAUAUGCCUUGGUGUAAUUUAUUACAGACGGUCACCUGGUUGUUGUUGCGUUGAUGACCAACCACCAUUUACCACCACCUCAUCUUAUAUUUCCCGCCUCUCUCUUAAGCGCUAGUUUCUCGUUCCGAUGUAUCUCGCUCGAGCAUAUCUUUUACCGGGCAGAUCGGUACGCGCGAGUGGCCUUGCGGGGAGGAGGAUCGCGCGUAUCGAUUUGCGAUAAGCGGAUGGAGAAUAGAUACCGAGUAGAUGUUGUUUCUCAUUGCUGAGCAUCUUGAUUACGAUAGUCGAUAACCUUCAGACCGGCUGGGCAUCAAAUAAAUAAGCUUCAACGCGAUGAUUAAAGGCUAUUGCAACAAUUCCGCAAUUCUCUCUUUCGUUCGUCCGGAGACAGUUGCGUUAGAUUAUUCUGCACAUUUCCUUCAUAACACCCGAGUGCCCUCGAUGAUCGUAGCUACUGAAUAUGCAUAGACGAAGUACCGCUUCCGGGAGAAUUUGGAUGUAACUUCUUGUUUCGUGUAUGAGUUAAUUGUAGAAGAUUGUACAUACGUAUGUAUCGUUACCCCAUAGUUUCGAUUUUACUGCCGGACUGAAGCGUUGUUUCUUUUUUUCAAGCAACAUCUUUUUCGUUCUUUUUGUCAAUAGAGCGGGACACAAUCAGAAAACAAUAUUCGUGGCUCCGUUUAUCCACCGUUGAGCGUUUAGAUUUUUUCGUCGAGUAUGGUCAUACCGUCGUCAUUUUCCCAGUAUACAUUGUUCAUGAACCAGAGUUUGAGAGUACGUGAGGUGUACACGUCGAACGCUAAUGAGAGAUUCUCACAGCUGAAGCGGUAUAAUAAGUAGACCGUAUGCGUCGACGCUUGGUUGAGAAUUGGUAAUAGGACUUGAUAUGUACCAGCGUGUAUUCGUGGAUCGAUAUGCCCUCGUUUUCGUUUUGUAGUAGCUGAAGCACAAUACACCACGCCGACCACGUUUUUCCAUUGCGAGGGUCUCGUAUCGAUCGACCGGUCGAAUCAGUCGGUAUCCCUUUGCACAUGAAAGAACAAACGAGAGAAAAGAAAAGGAAAUAUUUAUAACGACAUUAUUGUAAUACAUUAAUGGACAUUCGUACUGUAUUUACGUGUUCCGUCGAUUAACAAGCGCAGAUAUCCGUAAUACCCAUGUGCGCGAGUUACAGUUCGCUUCCGUUCACGAUGUCACGGGGAAAGCAAGGGAGAAAACCAAAACGAUGUGUACUUUGUUAAUAAUUUCGUUAAUUAAUUAAUUUUCCCACGUAUUACGAUACGCAUCCGAAUCUUGAAUUCAAUUGAACGUACACAUACACACACGCAUAUGCAUACUAAUUGAUCCAUGUAUAACGUCUUCAGUAUUAUUUCACGUAUAAUGAACUACGUUAUGUAGAAUCUUAUAUAUAUAGUUUCUCUUAGAUACUGAAACUGAUAAAACCAUCUUUUAUCUCUGUCAAUAAAAAUUGUUCCUAGGACCAUUCA